GGGGGUGGGCGGGGUCCGGGACCACAGCAGGGGGUGCCACGGCAGUGCCUGGCAGGCAGCGUGGGCUGGGGCCUUGUCACUUAAGCAGAGAAGCCACUUCUUCUGGGCCCACAAGGCAGCUGUCCCAUGCUCUGCUGAGCACGAUACCAGCCAAUGCCAGCGGGAGCAUAAGAGGAGAGAGGGCAAACAAAGCACAGGUGUUCACGAUGCCACAGAGAAAGAUCAAUGAGACGGCCAAAGUGAGAGGCACUGUCCUUUCUGGCUACCUUUUAGGGAGGACAGUGGUGGUCCUGCCCACAGGCAAAUGCAGUGCCAUGCCUCUGCAACUCCUCCUGCUGCUGACUCUGCUGGGCCCUGGCAGCAGCUUCCGGCUGGGGGACAUCCAGGCAGACGGAGACAGGAAAGCCCCAGGCCCCCUGCUUGCCCAGGGGCGGAGGCAGGUGUUCGUGGAGGACGAGGAGGAUUCCGACUAUGUGUCAGAAGGCACAGACCCUCCCGAAACGCUUGAAGAGAUCACCAGUGUUGUGACCCAGAACCUCACGCUUCUGGCUGUGACCGGAACGUUGGAGCAGAGAGGCUCUGCAGAGCCCGGAGGCCCUGAACCUGCCACUGUGGAGGCUGCUACCAGGGACCCUGCUGGCCUGGACACAGGAGGGGCGACCAUGGGGAGUCUGAGCACAGAAUUGGCCACACAGUGGAUUCCGGUCACUCUGGACCCUCUGGUCACAGAACUGGCCACUGUGAACAUUUCCAUCACGGGUGCUCCAUCCAACAAGGGGGCUCUGUUUACGGGGCCAGCUACCAUGGAAGCUCAGGCCACUCAACCAGCAGCCACAGAAGCCCUGUCCACAGAACCCCCUGCCACGGAGGCCCUGACCACAGAACCCCCUGCCACGGAGGCCCUGACCACAGAACCCCCUGCCACGGAGGCCCUGACCACAGAACCCCCUGCCACGGAGGCCCUGACCACAGAAUCCACUGUCACGGAGGCCCUGACCACAGAACCCCCUGCCACGGAGACCCUGACCACAGAACCCCCUGCCACGGAGGCCCUGACCACAGAAUCCACUGUCAUGGAGGCCCUGACCACAGAACCCCCUGCCACGGAGGCCCUGACCACAGAACCCCCUGCCACGGAGGCCCUGACCACAGAACCCCCUGCCACGGAGGCCCUGACCACAGAACCCCCUGCCACGGAGGCCCUGUCCACAGAAUCCACUGCCACGGAGGCCCUGUCCACAGAAACCCCUCCCUCAGUGGCCCUGUCCAUGGAGCUAGCCACCAUGAAGAGCAUGCCUGGGGCAGCCAGCAAUCUGUCUGCCAUGCCCAACAUGAAAACUGGGCAGACUUUGCCCCCUGGGAUCUUCAUGGCCCCCAGCCCCGCAGGGCCCCCCGACCACAUCCCCGUGAAGCAGUGCCUGCUAGCCAUCCUCAUCCUGGCCCUGGUGGCCACUGUCUUCCUCGUGUGCACCGUGGUGCUGGCCGUCCGCCUCUCCCGCAAGAACCACACGUACCCUGUGCGGAAUUACUCCCCCACCGAGAUGGUCUGCAUCUCAUCCCUGCUGCCUGACGGGGUCGAGGGGCCCCCUGCCACGGCCAACGGGGGCCUGCCCAAGGCCAAGAGCCAGGGCCUGACGCCAGAGCCCGGGGAGGACCGCGAGGGGGACGACCUCACCCUGCACAGCUUCCUCCCUUAGCGCCCCCUGCCCGUGUUUGCCUGGGCGAGGCCCUGGCCGGCGGCCUCACUCCCUCCCUGGCCCACCCGGGCCGCCACCGGGCACCCAGACCUCCAUUCCAUGGGUCUGGGCUUCCUUGGAGACCCCUGGGGAUGGGGGUCUGUAGGGAAGGGACCCCGGCUGUCCCAGAAAAGACGAAGAGCAGCCACAGUCCUGUGGCCAAGCAGGACCAGCAAGUGGAACCACCUCCUCCUCCCUCCUGCCUCCAGGGGAGCCCGGCUGCCUCGGGCUGCAGACUAUGGGCAGCGGCCAUUUGGCCCAGAGAGACCCUCUUCUUCCUGUCCCCAUCGGACGUCUCCCACUGCCAUCCUCCUUUCUCCAGGCCACUGGAGUCUCUUCCCCACAGGCCCAAGGAAGACCGGGUUCCUCCACCCCACUCUCAUCGCCAUUUUCUUCUGGUUGCCAUGGUCACCAAACAGGAAGGGGACCUUUUGUAGAAGGUCAGGGAGGGGUGCUCAAAAGUGACAGAUUCCUGAGGCCAUUUCCUGCUGCUCUGCAGAUUUGCGGGAGCCCAGGGUGAGGCCUCAGACUGUGAGGGCUGGGGAGGGUUCGGAGCCCUUUCUUUGGCACUGUGUGGACCAAUGAGCUUCCCUCUGGUGGCAGAACAGCCCCCACUGUCCUCACUCACCUUCCCCUGUGGCCACUUUUCAGGGUGGGCUCUGGAUGGUUCACUGCAUUGUCCCCCUGCCUGGCCCAAGGCUGGGCACAGCACAGGCUCUCAAUAAAUGUGUGAUGAACA